AUGAGGGUAACUUCCUGUCUCCUGGCCCAGGCGGCCUUGACAUAUGCGUGCCAGCAUGAAAUCCACAACCAUGAAGCUUUCUUUGGACUGAACGAGCGGCUCACAAAGCGCCAGGAACCGGUGAACUUCCCACCAGCUCUUGACCCCAAUGAGGCUAUUCUGCUCGGUGCAAUCGAGUCGACUGAUCUUGAUGAGUGGUCGAAUUACUACGCUCACCAAUACCAUAUCGCGGGCACGGCAGAGAGCGUUGCGCAAUGGACAGCUGACAGAUGGGCCGAGAAUGGAUUUACCUCUCGCCUUGACGAGUAUGAGGUGUUCCUCAACUAUCCGAUUUCGAAGUCUGUGACCCUGACCUACCCUAACGGGACGACGUAUGUCCCGUCUUUGAAGGAGGACGCCCUUCCUGAUGACGAUGUGACUGAAUAUCCGAACUCGAUUCCUACAUUCCACGGAUACUCGUUCAGCGGCGAUGCGGAGGGCGAACUCGUGUAUGUUGGUCGAGGCCAAGAGGUAGACUUUGACCGCCUCAUCGAGCUUGGUGUUGAAUUGGAGGGCAAGAUCGCGUUAGCCAGAUAUGGCGGACCUUUCAGAGGACUGAAGGUCAAGAACUCCCAAGCUCAUGGUAUGGCCGGAGUCCUCAUCUACACAGACGUCAGAGACGACGGAAAUGUGUCGACGGCGAACGGUCUGCUUGCAUAUCCAGAUGGUCCAGCACGAAACCCGACAGCAGUGCAGAAAGGAUCGGUUCUGUAUUUAUCCACAUACCCCGGUGAUCCAACAACUCCUGGCUACCCUUCGAAGAAAGACAGCCCUCGCACCGGUACCGAGCUGGUGACUCCUCGCAUCCCCUCCAUUCCGAUCUCAUGGCAAGAUGCACAGCCACUUCUGGAAGCGUUGAGCGGGAACGGUCCCAGUGGCGAGGAGAUCAACCGCACGAACUGGAUUGGUGCUGCGGAUGUGGAGUACUCCUCUGGUCCUGCACCCGGUGUCACCGUCUCCAUGAGCAACCUAAUGAAGGAGAACAUCACAACCAUCUGGAACACGAUCGGCAUCAUCAACGGUACCAACCCAGACGAAGUCGUCAUCGUCGGCAACCACCGCGAUGCCUGGAUGAUUGGAGGUGCAGCGGACCCGAACUCAGGCUCUGCGUGCUUUGUCGAGAUGACCAAAGCCUUCAACGCCCUCCUAGCCACAGGCUGGAAGCCCAAGCGCACGAUCGUACUCGCCUCAUGGGACGCAGAAGAAUACGGCAUCGUCGGCAGCACCGAAUGGGUCGAAGAAUACGUCCCCUGGAUCCGCCAAUCCAACGUCGCCUACAUCAACCUCGACACCGCCGUCUCCGGCCCCGUUCCUGACAUUUCCGCCACACCCGACCUGCACGCCAUCGGCCUCGAAGUCAUGAAGAAGAUCGUCUACCCUUACCAGAACCUGACCAACGUCACCAUGUACGACGUAUACACCGAAACGAGCGAAUCCGGCAUCCCCGGCGUUCUGGGCUCGGGAAGCGACUACACCGCCUUCCUGCACGGCAACGGCAUUUCCUCGAUCGACAUCGGCUCCAACCCCGGGCCCGAUUCCCCGGUGUACCACUACCACUCCAACUACGACACCUACCACUGGAUGUCCACCUACGGCGACCCAGGCUACGUCACCCACAAGGCCAUCGCGCAGUAUACAACUUUGUUGGUGUACUACUUCGCCAACGAGGAGAUUCUACCCCUCGACCCAGUAAACUACGGCGUCGAAAUGACGAAAUACCUCGAAGAGCUGCAGUUCACCAUCGAAGACGCCGCCGCCGUCAACUCCUCCGCGUCCGAAAUCGAUCUUGACCCACUGAUCUCCGCGAUCGAGACCUUCAACGCUUCCGCUGCUGCCUUUGCCGAGUUAGCGAACAGCGAGGAUAUUGACAGCGAUACAGUAGCGCUGUUGAACACGAAAUUGAAGGACUACCAGCGCGGCUUCGCCAGCAACGGGGGGAUGCCAAGAAGAGAGUUCUUCAAGCAUGUGGUCUUCACGCCGGGGCUGGAUACGGGGUAUGCGCCGGUAACGUGGCCGGGGGUGACGGAGGCGGUUGUUGCGGGGAACUGGACGGAAGCGCAGAGUGAGGUUGCGCGAGCAGCUGGAGCGGUAGAGGUGGCUGCCGGCAUCAUCAAACCGUAG